AUGAAGAACGAUGUACCAUUUAUAGACGUCACCAACACUCCAGCGAAAGAAGAGAUGGAAUAUAUGCUGCCUCCUACACCAGGAAAUAAUUUUGAAAAUUUGAUCCCAAACCAAGAGAUCGAAGAUAGUGAAUUUGAUGAGAUCCCGUGGUUCAGCCCAACCUACGUCGAGCACGAACUAGCACCAACUCCAGGAAGAAAUUCAUUUGACAGAUAUUCACCCCCAAGCCAUAAUGAGGACAUUGAGUCAAACAGUGACGAUGGCGUAGAAACACCACAAAGCUCCAACCCAAUAGACUUUGAUGAGAUGGAAGAAACAUUUAGAACAACAUUCGGUGCGUUUGAUACGACUGUCGAUAUAAGACAACCAUCACCAACGAAAAAUAGUACAUCCACACGUAACGGAAGAGGAUGGUUCACCAUUGAUGUGGAUGAGAGCCGAUGCCAUGACUUUUGUGGUCAUAUUGGAUUUCAAAGGACAAUCACAUAUCGUUUCUGGGUAAGCCAGAAAUACCCAAAGACUGAAGUUCCAAUUGAAGGUUGUUGUCAAAGUUCACAAAAAAAUGAUAUAUCUCCAUCAUCUAAUACAUCAUGGAUAGAAGUAUCACCCCUUCCCACCAACACUUGCAACCAAUUCGAGUGUUUGACGACAUUGUCUAAAACUACAUCCGAACAGACGUCACGUGCUACCCCUUACAUCAGCUUAUUUGCAUUCCCAGAUAUGUUUUCCAUAAAUCUAUCCUCGAAGAGCUCAACCAAAUCAGAUUCUACCUACAUUUUAUAUUUUACACCCAAACAAUCGCCACUUAUAAAUACCGAUAAAUUAACUUCAACAAACCAACCAAUAAUAGAAAAGCCAUCUCUGUUAUCAUCAACAAAAUCUUCUUCUUCAUCAUCUUCUUCUACAUCAUCUUCUUCUCCAUCAUCUUCUUCUCCAUCAUCUUCUUCAACAUCAUCUUCUUCAUCAUCAUUUUCUUCUUCAUCACCACCUUCUUCAUCAACAAAAUCAUCACCAUCACCUUCAUUACCAACACAACCUCCAGCUACAUCUCCAUCAUCAUACACACCCACUAGUACAACCCCUAACAUCCGCAAAGAUGACAGUUACGAGAACACCACAUCACAGAGCCUUGUAAGUGAAGAAGAACCAUCAACACUUUUAAACAAGCUUAGCGUUUUCGAGAAAAUCGAAGGUUUAGAAGAGGUACCCCAAGAACUACAGGACAAAUUAGCUGAACUGCAUUGCACAAGAAAGGCAGUCUGCGCCCAGCUUUCGCUUAGGUAA